GGUGCGUGUGCUUCCACCCGGAGUUCACCCUGGCGGGGGUGCAGCCCACCCUGCUGCUGCCGCAGAUCACGGGCGACCUGGUGCGCCUCACCACCGCCGCCGCCUCCUCCCCGCUGCUGCCCGCCCCGCUGCCGCGCACCCGCACCCGCACCCGCACUCGCCCGCAGCUCAGCCAGCAGACCGUGGACUUCCUGCUGCCGCCGCAGCUUCCCUCCCCCGAGUGCCGCUCGCAGGCUCUGCUGCGGGGUCACGGUGGACAGGUGGUGUUCGUGGGGGCGCUGGCGGACUGCGGCUCGCUGCUGUCGGUGGACAUGACGGGGGAGGUGCAUGUGUGGCAGACCCACGAGACCGAGCGCACGGGUCACGGCUGGUUCCGCCCGCUCCACUCCUGGCGCCUGCCGCGGGCGCUGCGCUCGCUGCAAGCUCGCGGACCCCCGCACACCAUUUGGCAGAAGCAGGAGGCGAGGACCUCCCGCAUCCUCGCCCCCGGCACCCGCCAGGCCGGGGGUGCGGCGGGGGGUGCGGAGGCCCCGGGGGGGCAGCAGCCGGCCGCCAAGGCGCGGGGCGGCGGGGGCUUCAGCGGCUUCCUCAGCGGCCUGCGCGACCUCAUGAGGCGGCGCCGCACACCCCGGCUCUCG